GCCGCCACAAUACAAUGAAUUCAAGCCCGUGUCUGUAAAACUGUCGUUUCGCGAGACACGAUUCUUGGCACUUUCGACACAGCUAAGGAACAUGCUAGUGACGUCAUGCUAAAAACAUACACACUUUCCCUAAAAUCUCCCUCCAUUUUUGGUGGAGUAGCUGUAUAUAUACUGGACUGUGUCAGACGUACUACGGAGUUAAAUCGUUACGUGCGUCAUUUUACACGUAAAUUUACACGUGUGUUACAACAAUUACAAAUACCGAAAUUAACUAGUUUUAUUCGAUCGUCGCACUUCACCUGUACAUUAUCUUUAAUAGGUUGCUGUUGUGACGGCGCCUCCUUACAUCGUCCAGAGGAGUUAUAGGCGAGCGGCGUCCACGGCCCUGCAGUCAUGACGGCGGAGGAGACCAUCAACGUGAAGGAGGCGGAGGUGAUCAAGCUGAUCCUGGACUUCCUCCACCACAAGAAGCUGCACAUCAGCAUGUUGGCCUUAGAGAAGGAGAGCGGCAUCAUCAACGGACUCUACUCUGAUGACAUGCUCUUCCUCAGGCAGCUGAUUCUGGACGGCCAGUGGGAGGAAGUCAUGCAGUUCAUACAGCCUUUGGAAGACAUGGAGAAGUUUGACAAGAAAAAGUUCCGCUACCUGAUUCUUAAACAGAAAUAUUUGGAGGCUCUGUGUGUCAACAACGCCAUGUCUGCUGCGGAGGCCCCCCAAAAUCUGGAGUUCACCAUGGAGGAAGCCGUCAGGUGUCUCCACAACCUGGAGCAGUUCUGCCCGUCCAAAGAUGACUACAGUAAGCUCUGCCUCCUCCUCACGCUGCCCCGCCUCACCCACCACGCCGAGUUCAAGGACUGGAACCCGAGCACGGCCCGAGUUCACUGUUUCGAGGAAGCCUGCGCCAUGGUGGCGCAGUUCAUACCGGCCGACAGGAAGCUGAGCGAAGCAGGCUUCACUGCCAGCAGGAACAGACUCUUCCAGCUGCUCAUCAAAGGGAUCCUGUACGAGUGCUGCGUGGAGUUCUGCCAGAGCAAAGCGACGGGAGAGGAGAUCACCGAGGGUGAAGUUCUGCUCGGCGUGGACCUGCUGUGUGGAAACGGCUGCGACGAGCUGGACCUGUCACUGCUUUCCUGGCUGCAGAAUCUUUCCCCUGGGGCGUUUUCGUGCACUUUCCAGCAGCAGAUCCUCAACAUCCACGUGGACCGGCUGGUCAAGCCCCACAAGACGGCUCCUGCCGAGCUCCUCACUCCUCUGAUGAACCGCCUGUCGCCCUGCUCCGCCUCUCCGUUCCUGCAGAGGCCCCAUUCGGCCGACAGCUACAUGUCCAGGUCUCUGAACCCGGCUCUGGACGGGCUUUCUCACGGACUCGCCGCUCAGAACAAGAGAGGAAUGAAGGUGGAGGUGAAGCCUGCUCUCAGUCGAAGCCUCAUGGAGAACAACGUGCAUCGGCCGGAGGACUCACCUGCGCGGGGGCGUCCUCAGGGAGACGAGGUGUCCAGGACUCCCAUGACCCCCGGUAAAGACGGCAGCUCAUCAGGCGGCACAGAAACAAAUCAGCAGAGGGACCCAGCCGAGCACCUGCAGGAGUUUUACAGACAGAGCCUCCGUGUGCAGCAGCUCGGGGAACAGAAGGAGCAGCAGAGGCAACUGUACCAGCAGAUGCUGCUGGAGGGAGGAGUGAAGCCGCAGGACGGAUCCCAAAACAACCUGACGGAGACUUUCCUGAGACGCUCUAUUCGCAAACUGGAGGAGAUGAACGUUGGCGAUGAGGCGUUGGCACAUCUGGGACCGCAGUGGAGCGGACAAUCUGACGACAGUCCGAAGACCCCAAACACAAGUCGCACUCCAGACUCGGGCGUGGGCAGCAGCACUCCGAUUCAGAGCGGGAGUCACGUCUUGCCGUCUUUCCACGAGUCCCCGGUGGUUACGAGUCAGAGCUCUGAGAAGAUCAACGGAAGCAACCCAUCAGUUCCAAACAAGUCAGACAGUUCCACAACAAGGAAUCAGCCAAAGGAGAAGUCCAAAAGCCAGUUUGUCAAAGUGAGCCAGCUUGAGGACACGCAGGCCGUACGUGCAGUCGCCUUCCACCCCUCUGGAUCUUUGUACGCUGUCGGCUCCAACUCCAAAACUCUGCGGGUGUGCGCGUACCCCGACAAGCUGAGCAGCAGUGACUCCGGUGCCGCCAAGCUGCCGGUGGUGCGCUUCAAAAGGAACAAACACCACAAAGGUUCCAUCUACUGUGCGGCCUGGAGCCGCUGCGGUCAGCUGCUCGCCACCGGAUCCAACGACAAGCUGGUCAAAGUCCUGCCUUUCAACGCGGACGCCUGCGACGCCACAGGUCCCGACCUUGAGUUCAGCAUGCACGACGGCACCAUCCGGGACCUGGCCUUCAUGGAAGGCCCUGAGAGCGGAGGCUCCAUCCUGAUCAGCGCCGGCGCUGGAGACUGCAACAUCUACACCACAGACUGCCAGAGGGGCCAGGGCCUCCACGCCCUCAACGGUCACACGGGUCACAUCCUGACUCUGUACACGUGGAGCGGCUGGAUGAUCGCCUCAGGCUCGCAGGAUAAGACGGUCCGCUUCUGGGACCUGAGGGUGCCAAGUUGUGUGAGAGUUGUUGGAACCAGCCUGCACGGAUCAGGAAGUGCAGUGGCCUCUGUGGCGGUGGACCCCAGCGGCCGCCUGAUGGCCACCGGUCAGGAGGACAGCACCUGCCUGUUGUAUGACAUCAGAGGAAGCAGGAUGGUCCAGACGUAUCGGCCACACAGCAGCGACGUGCGCUCGGUUCGCUUCUCUCCCGGAGCACAUCACCUGCUCACUGGUUCCUACGACAACAGAAUGGUCCUCAGUGACCUCCAAGGGUGCCUCACGAAGCCGCUGCCUCAGGCUCUGGCCGGGGAGCACGACGACAAGGUGAUCCAGUGCCGCUGGCACCCACAUGACCAGACGUUCAUCUCGUCGUCUGCUGACAGAACGGUGGUCCUGUGGGCCCCGGGCCCCUGAGAGACAGGAAGCAGAGCAAUAGAAAGCACAAGAGGAGGAUCACCGGCCUGAAGGUCAUCUUAAUCCUUCUCUUCUAAUAGUCACUGUUAAAAGUCACUUUGGAGUUAAGCUACAGAGUCGAUGCUUUAUUUUGAUGUAUCUCCGUGUCACCUCAAGUUCACUGCGAGCACUUUGUCCCCACCUAAUGCCAAACUUGUCGAUACAAUUGAUGGGAAAUGUCAUGCUGAGGCCUGUGAUGGGACUUACAGGUGGUGAAUUGGUUUUUGAAUCGUUGUUAGAGAUGUAACUCAACACUUGCUGUCAUGAGAAGUUAUGCACGAAUGACCACUGAGACCUGCUCACUAGUUUAGUGGACAUCACUGCUUUGUCAUUCUUCUAUGCAAAAAUGUUGUCUUGUCUUCAUGCUGCCUUGUGAAGUCAUGAAUACACACUGUGCACUCCUCAGUUCUCAUGCUAACCAGCACCCGCAAGGCUGAUACCGGAGCCCUGGGUGGCGCUGUUUGGAUGAAAAUGCAGGUGUUUUAAUCGCUAAGCCAUUUAAGACCUGCAUGAGUUUCACCAUACAGCGCCGCCUAGUGGCAGGUGUACUAGGUCUCUGCUGUUUUUACGUUGCUGCAAUGUGGAGACUAGCUGUUGGGUCGAACCACAGAAAUGUGAAAUCUAAUCUGUGUCUUGAAUUCACUCUGUAACAGAGGAACGUGACUUGACUGAACCUGAACAAAGAACCUGUCUGUAGCACAUCGAGUGUCACUCAUGUUAUGUUGUCUCUAUUUUUGCACUAAUAAAUGAAUUG